AGCAAUGGACACAAAAAAAUUAGGUUAAAGAAAUUGAAUCUGAAAGUCAGGCCUUUAAUUUUAUUUUAAAAUUUAAAAGGGAAGAAUAAAAACAAAUAAAAUGCAAGAUAAAGUCUGAGGAAGAAAAAAACAAAAAACACAAACGAAUUGAUUUGAAGGUGAAAGAAAAUGGGUGGUAAUGGAAGAGAGGAAAACUUUGUGUACCGGAUCAGCAUAGCAGAAGAAUGGGAAGAGUUGCAGAGAAAUGGCUCUACUUUCGGCGGAGACCUUGAUAAAUCUUCUCGGUUCAUUCACCUUAGCGAUCAUAACCAGGUACAGUCCACUCUGCAAAAUUUCUUCCUCAACACCAACCAUGAGCUGUACCUCCUCCAAAUCGAUGCCAACAAGCUUGGGGAUGGAUUGGUAUAUGAGAAAGCGGAUGAGUCGAAUAGUUUCCCCCAUUUUUAUGGACCAUCUGGAAGUUUCAUACCUCUUCCUUUAGAUGCUGUUACAAGAGCUGAGAAACUCUCCUUUGUCGAUAGCCGAUUCAGCUGUCCUUUGCUCGACUAACUCACUUCACUUCAUCAUUUUUAUUGCCUUCUUCUUCUUCUAUCUCAUCUAUGUAAUAAUAUGUGAUGAUAUGGUCACUUUCGUGCAUUAAAAUUAUCCUUAUUUAGUUUGAUAUCAUGUUACCAUACUACUCAUUCUGUUAAAUAAGACAAUUUGAUGGGAUUGAUUAA